GUGGUCCCCGCGGGCAUAAAGAGGAGGACCGUUGAGUAACAGUUUGUUGACCAGAGACAGUCAGAGACUACACGGGGGUCCUGGAGCUGAAGAGUUCAAGUUCAAAUCUACAGCUGACAUGCAUACAGUCAAAAUGUGGCGUGCAACCUUCCUGUUAUUGGCUGCCAGCUUGUCGGUGAGCCUGGCCAGACCCCGCCUCCCUCCACUGUCCAGUGAGAUGGUCAACUACAUCAAUAAGAUCAACACUACCUGGACGGCUGGUCACAACUUCCGUAAUGUCGACUACAGUUAUGUUCAGAGACUCUGCGGUACAUUGCUGAACGGACCUAAACUGCCACUCAUGGUUCAGUAUGCUGGAGACAUGAAGCUGCCUAAAGACUUUGACUCCAGACUGCAGUGGCCCAACUGUCCCACCCUGAAGGAGAUCAGAGACCAGGGCUCCUGUGGAUCCUGCUGGGCGUUUGGUGCUGCAGAGGCCAUCUCCGACCGCGUGUGUAUCCACAGCAAUACCAAGAUCAGCGUGGAGAUCUCCUCAGAGGAUCUGCUGACCUGCUGUAAAAGCUGUGGCAACGGAUGUAAUGGUGGCUACCCUUCAGCUGCCUGGGACUUCUGGACCAAUCAGGGGCUGGUCUCCGGAGGUCUCUAUAAUUCCGCCAUUGGUUGUCGGCCCUACACCAUCGAACCCUGUGAACACCAUGUGAAUGGCAGCAGACCCUCCUGUACUGGUGAGGGUGGAGGGACGCCCAAGUGCGUCUUCCAGUGUGAACCUGGAUACACUCCCAGCUACAAAUUGGACAAGCACUUUGGUAAAACGUCUUACAGCGUGCUGUCAGAUGUGGAGCAGAUUCAGAUUGAGAUAUACAAGAACGGCCCAGUAGAGGGAGCCUUUACCGUCUAUGACGACUUUCUGCAGUACAAGACUGGCGUGUAUCGGCAUGUGUCUGGGUCUCCUCUUGGUGGCCACGCCAUCAAGAUCCUGGGCUGGGGAGAGGAGGAUGGUGUUCCCUACUGGCUCUGUGCCAACUCCUGGAACACUGACUGGGGCGAUAAUGGAUUCUUCAAGUUCCUGCGUGGAUCGGAUCACUGUGGUAUGGAGUCUGAGGUUGUGGCAGGGAUUCCCAAAUAAACUCUUAAGGUUUUGCGCUGCGGGUUCCAUUGCAUAAUCACUAGAGGGCGACACACUCAACUUGCCUGCAAUAAAACUCGUUUAACAGCUUUUAGUCCUUUUUUUAGUUAAAGUCCACUGAGCACCUUGCACACAUGGCAUGUGGGUUUCUUUUGACAGCAGGUGGAACAAAGAAAUCAAGAGCAACCUUCACCUCAUUUAGGUACAUUAGAAGAUGGAGUAUGCGCCUGAGCACAAAUCAGCAUUGUUGGUUUGAGGGUGUUUUUGUGAAUGAGCUGUUGUAAGGGCAAUAAAAACUUUGCACAGGAGGAAAUUGUUUUUAAGGAAUAUGUAUGUGCUUUUAUUUUUUAUCUCUGGUGAUUUGAAGCAGACUGUCACUGUUGUAGAAUUGUAUUUGUUCCAUUGUCGUCACAUUUUUCCGGUGUGGGGCAUUUUGGAGCAAUACCGCCCAUGAUUGAAAUUACAAGACAACUCGGCAAAGAAAGGUCAGAAUGUGUCAAAUUUUUAAUGGUCACAGCUUUCACAUUUGAUAUUUUUAUUCAACAUUAUGCCACUACAUAAUGUUAGGAUGUAACUUUGUAACUUCCUUGUGAUUGGUGGCUGUUUUUGUAUUUUAGUAUCUGAUUUUAAAAGAAAAUUGCCUUUUUUUUUUUAUUUUUUAUUUUACAGAAGUGAUAAUAGGAUGUUUUUAUUGUCUUUCUGUAUAGAUCAAAAAUAUUGGCACAUAAUUGUAUGUUCUGAAUUAAAUAAAACAAUAUUUGGUUCCCAAUAA